CUGGGUGGCCUCGCGAGCUGCACCCGGAUCUGCUCGGCGACGGCGGCGGCGACGUGAGCGCGCAGGGGGGCGGCGGCCUCGCCUCGUCUCUCUUCUUUGCGCCUGGGUCGGGUGGGUGACGCCGAGCGCGAGAUGUCGGAUUUUGACAGUAACCCGUUUGCCGACCCGGAUCUCAACAACCCCUUCAAGGACCCAUCAGUUACACAAGUGACCAGAAAUGUCCCACCAGGACUUGAUGAGUACAAUCCAUUCUCGGAUUCCAGAACACCUCCCCCAGGCAAUGUGAAAAUGCCUAAUGUACCCAGUACACAACCAGCAAUAAUGAAACCAACAGAAGAACAUCCAGCUUAUACACAGAUUGCAAAGGAACAUGCCUUGGCCCAAGCUGAACUUCUUAAGCGCCAGGAAGAACUAGAAAGAAAAGCAGCAGAAUUAGAUCGUCGAGAACGAGAAAUGCAAAACCUCAGUCAACAUGGCAGAAAAAAUAACUGGCCACCUCUUCCUGGCAAUUUUCCUGUGGGACCUUGUUUCUAUCAGGAUUUUUCUGUAGACAUUCCUGUAGAAUUUCAAAAGACAGUGAAGAUUAUGUACUAUUUAUGGAUGUUCCAUGCUGUAACACUGUUUCUAAAUAUCUUCGGAUGCUUGGCUUGGUUUUGUGUUGAUCCUUCAAGAGGGGUUGAUUUUGGAUUGAGUAUCCUGUGGUUCUUGCUUUUUACUCCUUGUUCAUUUGUCUGUUGGUACAGACCACUUUACGGAGCUUUCAGGAGUGACAGUUCAUUCAGAUUCUUUGUAUUCUUUUUCGUCUACAUUUGUCAGUUUGCUGUACAUGUACUCCAGGCGGCAGGAUUUCAUAAUUGGGGUAACUGUGGUUGGAUUUCAUCCCUUACUGGUCUCAACCAAAGUAUUCCUGUUGGAAUCAUGAUGAUAAUCAUAGCAGCACUUUUCACAGCAUCAGCAGUCAUCUCACUAGUUAUGUUUAAAAAGGUCCAUGGACUGUAUCGCACAACAGGUGCUAGUUUUGAGAAGGCCCAGCAAGAGUUUGCAACAGGCGUGAUGUCCAACAAAACUGUCCAGACGGCAGCUGCAAACGCAGCUUCAACUGCAGCAACUAGUGCGGCUCAGAAUGCUUUCAAGGGUAACCAGAUUUAGAGAGUCUUCAAAUAAUACACUGUUACCUUUUGACUGUACUUUUUUCUCCAGUUACUGUAUUCUAUAAAUAUUUUUUUGUUCAAAACACACAGUACACACAGCACGUAUAUUUCCUAAUCACUUGUGCAUGGGCUAAAACCAGAAAAACUUCGUUGUCUUAUUAUUUACCUGACAGUUUCUUAAUCUUUCAGUGCCCCUUGCAGGAAAAAAAAAUUACAUGCUAAAUAAAUAUUCUCCAUAUUUUUUGGGGGAUGAAUGUUCAGCAAAUUUUUUCGGUGGUGACACACUGAAAUCGACAUGGCAUUUAGGAUUAAAAAUGCACUUAGUACUUGCUGCAAUCAUUCUUUCAAGAGUCUUAGACAUAAGGAUUACACACUGGAGCAGUAAAGCAAUGCUUCAUUCCUUUUCUUUAUUUGUAUUGAAAGAAAUAGGACAUCAGAAACUUAGGGACUUUUAAAUUGGCUUGCUUUUUAGCAGUUUCAGUCACCAGUGAAGAGCCUAUGUGCAUUUCAUAGUAGAUAAUGUAAAUUUUAUCUUUUUAUUUUCUUUUUCUAGAGUAAUUGAUAUUUUGAUAUCAAUCUCUGAUCUUGCAUGGGCACCAUGUUUCCUAAAAAAAUUAGUAUUUUGGGUUAUGCACUGCUUCUGGUUGUAGGAUUGGGGAGUUUGUAGAAUCAUAAAAAUGAUUUUCUGUAAUUGUUUCUUUUAAAUAAAAAUUUAUUGGAGUGCAAUAUGAGGAUAUAAUAUACAGUGCAUUAUCCAAAAGAAAAAGUAGAUAAUUGAUGGACUAGGAUGUAGUGGUGAUAAUACCUUUUUGUUUUUAACUUUCAGUAUUCAGAUCAUAGUAAAAUAUUACUGUAUGGAAACCUUGGUAUAUUCUUGUGGCUACUCUUUUUAAUUGAACUGAGAUUGUGUGUGGCAGCUCUCUUUGGGGGGGUAUUAUGUGUGUGCAACUUUUAACCAGAGGUGUUAAAGUCUAGCCGAACUCCACGUGCAACAAGAACAUAACAGUAUUUAAGAAGUUUUUCUUUCCGCUUCUCAUGUCUUGUUGGCAUUAAAAAUAAAAAGACGCUGGCACUUCUCAUAUACUUGGAUCCCUAAUGAACCUCAGUCUUUGAAUUUUUGAGACAGACUGACUACAUUAAGAAUUUUCAGCAAUAGAAAAAACAAAACCUUUAUAACUUGCACCAAGCAAGAACAUACAAAUGCAGCUGACUGCAUUCAGUAUGAAUAUAAUCACAUUAAAAUGGUUACUAUGCAGCACAGGAAUUCACUCUUAAGUAUACUUGGGUUGAAACUUUUGAAUCGUUUUUAAUACUGAUUAAAAUGACUCAAAGGCAUUUGUAGUCAUCACCCUGCUGUAUCUUGGAAGUCAUGAGCUUAACCUAAGAUGGCAGAAUAAUAAGCAGUGAUUUAUUCAACCUGAUUAUAAGUAAGUGUAGUCCGUUGGGUUAUGUUAUUUGAGACUGAAAAAUCAGCUGGACGUAAAUGGUUAAAUUACUUUUAUUCUCCCCCCCUCCCCAAAAUCUGGAGUUAAAAUGAGUUUCAUGCUGGAGGUGGGAUGGUGAGUUUUCACUAUUUAUGAAAGAAGGUUUACGGGAUAUUAGAUAACACGGAUCUGUCUGGAUGGUGUUUACAUUUGAUUUAUUUGGGACUUUAUUGAAGUAAUACACUUGGAAGAUAGUGCUUUUAUUCUGAUGAAAAUAGGAUUCAGAGUAUGAGCUUAAAUCUCUUUUUAUGAAUAUUUCUGGUCAGUGAUAAUCUCUACCUACUUUCGCAACCAAAUAGGCCAGUUCAAGUUUUUCAGAGUCUAUAAUCUUACUAAAAAUCUGUCUCAUCAGUGUGCUUUGAGUGUGGAAUUUAAAAACAUUCAAAACAUAAACCACAAAAUACAACAGAGGGCACCUAUGUCUGGCAUCAGUUUCUUUCCCAAGUUCAUUUUGUUGUUCUUUAAACUACAAAUGAAAGCUUUAUCAUAGACUCUUCUGGAAAAUACUGAGCUACUUUCCUUCAAGAAUUAUGAAUGCUUCUCUUGAUUCUGUAGAAAUCCUCUAUUGUUUAAAUAGCAAAGAAUAAUACAACUAACAGUACCUUUUUUUGUUCAAAUGGGGAAAAUGUUUUCGAUGCCAGUUCUUUGGGUUAAUACAAGCUUAUAAGAGAAAAUUUUUUUUGAACCAUAAAUGUGCAUUAAAAUGGUGGCACUGCUUAAUUAAUGGUUGAAUAAGGUAGAGGGUUUUUUAAUUCUGAUAUUCUCUACGCGCUUAAUAAUUAUUAGUAAAUAGUCACAUUUGCACUCAGCAACCAUUGGCGUUUGUUGGUGUUUUGUGUUUGGCAUUAGCAUUGCCCAGCAUCACAGCCAUGGAAUGGUCCUCCCUCUGUAAGGAUCCACAUCAUGUUUCCGUUUGUAUUAUUAAGUUUUGGCUAUUUUAUUUCAAACUAGAGUUUGAACACUGGAAAAUCAUUGCUCAGUGAUUUAUAAUUUGAGACUUGGAUUAUUUAUCGAGGGCUGUUUGUAUAUUUUGUCGAUGAGUAAUACUGCGCUGCCAUUCUGGCAGCUGUCAUGGUUCUAUAUAAAUGCCCUUCAUCUGUCCCUCUGAUGUUGCAUGUUUUCAGUGGUUUGGAAGUUUUGUAUAUUUAUUGUAUUCACACAGAGUGUCAUAAAAUAAAAUGCUGUUUACUGGA